UUAAUCCCUUGAAAGUAACAACGCCACCAUGGGUUUAUUUCGGAACAUGUUCUUUAUUUUUGGCUUGGUCGAUUUAUUUGUUAUAGGGACUGCUGUAGAGCCUCAUUCCGCUAUCAAGGGCAACGUGGAAUCUCUGCUUGAGUUGACUCCAUGGACUUGGAAACACCUAAACACGUCCCUCAAAGUGGAUUCCCCCGUCACUGUGGAUGUGUCCCUCACCUCUCACUACAGACUGACCGGGAAACACCUCAACAAGUUACUUAGACUACAAAAACAAAGGGACUGUGCAUCCAUUCUCAAAACAAUACCCAACACAAAAGGAAGAGACGGUGUGUACACGAUAUACCCGGAUAUGAAGACCAAGAAGUCGGUGUACUGUGAAAUGACCACGGACGGCGGGGGGUGGACCGUAAUUCAAAGACGAAUGGAUGGUUCUGAAGACUUUUAUCGGUCUUGGCAAACCUACAAAGCCGGAUUUGGAAAACCACAAGGAGAAUAUUGGCUAGGAAAUGAAGAUAUUCACUUGCUCACAACAAGAACUAGCCAAGAGUUACGUGUGGACAUAAAAAAGUUUUCAGGUGAGAAGGCAUACGCCAAGUAUUCCACAUUUACCGUUGGAAGUGAGUCUCAGAAAUACAUGUUAGCCGUCGGAGGAUACAGCGGAACGGCGGGAAAUAGUCUUGCAUAUCAGAACGGGAUGAAGUUUUCUACCAAAGACCAAGACAAUGACAAAUGGAAUAAACACUGUGGCGUGAAUUUCCAAGGAGGGUGGUGGUUCAAAGAUUGCGAACAUGCUUAUCUAAACGGACCUUAUCUAAAAUCGGCUAAAAUUACUUGGAUUAGUAUCAACUGGUACGCAUUCGGAAAUGAAAGCCGUGCUUUAAAGAAAGCCUCGAUGAUGAUCAGAUCCAAGAAUUGACUUUGUUG